UAAACUGUCUGUUUCUCAGCGAUGUAAGCUCCCGAGUCUGUUUAAAAGUAUAUGAAUCAAUAAUCUGUGAAACAUUUUAAAACAACAACGGCAGGAAAGACUCGUCCCCACAGGACACCGCGUGCUGCGCUAAAGGGUUAACGAUGAUGUGAGCAGCAGCUCCUUGCAGCACAAAGAACAAUCAGGAGGCAGGUUGGUGAGAAGCUCCUGCGUCGAGUUUUCAGAGCUGAGAUGCAACAUUCCCCAGCCUGCAGGCGAAUCUGACGACUGCUGCACACCAAAUAUCCUGCCUCACCACGAGCGGCCAACGACACGCUCCAUCUGCAGCAAACACACAGGGAAAGAAGCCAUCAGCGGUCAUGGCAGUAAUGGCUUUAGAAACACAGGCUGGCCUGAAGGGGGCGCUCUGUUAUAUGCAUUUAUGCUCCCAAACCACUUCCUGUUAAUAUCACUGUACAGGAACCUGCUAUAAUUCAGCUGCAGGUGCAGCAGGGGGCGCUGUUCCUAGACAAAAAUAUUUUAUUUUAGUCUGUGUAAAUUUUCUCACGCUGUCCAUAAAAAACCCCCAGCGUUCUGCUAGUGCGUGCCGAUUGGUCGGUUAAUGAUGUAGGACAGGGCGUUGCCGCGAUGGUGGUUUCCAAAGGAUCGUUAAUAUGUUACCUCUGAACUAUAGCCACUGACUCAAACCCUCCUAUUUAAAAAUAUACAGAAGACAAAAAUGUUUGCCCCGUUCAGUCUGGAUGAACUCGAGAGCGCCCCCUGCGGUGAGAAGCUCUGUGUUUGUGAGUCUGUGAGGACUAGCAUUAGCCUCAACUGGCCGUUAGAGGAACUGCAUCUUUUGGUGGGUCCACUUUUAGUCACUGCCAACCGCUAACCGUCAACCUUUUUAUUACUGCAACCAUGACAGCCUCUAGUUAGGGUCCUCGCUUCUCUGACCUGAGAACAGAGGUGAGCUUCACGACAGCGACCAGUCAUAGAAAGGUGUUUUUGAUCGGUUGAAACGUGAACUUUGGCCCCUCCCAAAUUUCAAAGGUUAACCCUUGCCUUGUUGUCCGGUCCCUGCAGGCGCAGCAGUGCGAGCAUGCUGACCUGAUCCAAAAUGUGCACCUCGACCAACAGCAGCUCAGUGCUGGUGGGCGUCUUCCCAGAUUACGGGAUUUCCCCAGACGAGAUCUUGGACACCACGCAGGGGCGGGCCUUCUUCGUGGCCACCAUAGUCAUUGGCGUGGUGCUGGUGGGCAUCAUGCUGGUGUGCGGCGUGGGGAACUGCCUCUUCAUCACCAGCCUCGCCCGCUACAAGCAGCUCAGAAACCUGACCAACCUGCUCAUCGCCAACCUAGCCGUGUCGGACGUGCUGGUGGCAGCGAUCUGCUGUCCCUUCCUGCUAGACUACUACGUGGUGAAGCAGCUGUCGUGGGAGCACGGCCUGCUGCUCUGUGCCUCCACCAACUACCUGCGCACCGUCUCGCUCUACGUGUCCACAAACGCUCUCCUGGCCAUCGCCGUGGACAGGUCCGGUAAAGCGGCUGCACGCAGAGACUCGGAGCUGAAGUGAGGAGCGAGCUGUGAGGUCUUUGCUCAGCAGAACUGUGGCUGCUGCCGAGUGUUAGCGACGCUGCGUCGUCCAUGGAGAGACUUUCUGAUCCCGUUUUUGUCGUUUCCAGCUGUUUGUAUCUUAUGUGGAUGAAAAUAUUAUUAUUAUUAUUAUUUACAACACUGAGGCCAGAGACCUGUUUAAACUGGAUUGCAUUAUUAGGGGCGUGGCCUCUUUGACUGACAGGUGGCUGUCGCUGCUAGCGUCACCUGAACUGGACGUCUGCACCAUGUUUGUGAUGUUGGAGCCUUAAGGAGCAUUUUAAUGACAUCAUGUGACCAAUAACAUGGCUGCUGUGUGGGUAAUUGUGGGAAGUUGCUAACUAGCAUUAGCUGCAAAGUUAUCUAGAUAUGGUCACGUCCUACGAAGCUGAAGUGAGGCUUCAGGAAGACGUGUCGACCACCCCUCAGCGUUCGGGGGCCUCAGUUAAAGUGACAUAAUCAGAGUUUGGUGCGACCUCCUUCUGCCCUCACACCAGCAGUUUGGAAGGAGUCCACCACAUCUCCUCCUGCCUCUUCUUCUUCUGUGGAUUUCAGCCCGACUCCCUGACCUGCUCCUGCUGUUCAAAGUAAAACUGUUGGUAAUGCAGCAGGCUGCGUGCGCAUGCACGAUUCUCCGCUCAUAUUCAUGUCAAAUAAAGAUGCAUUUUUAAGCUUGUAAUGAAGGAGCAGAGGUGAGAGCUGGAGUGGUGCGUGCUGGUGUUCGUGCAGCUUUCAGAGGCAGUUUGUACCUCGGUGCGCUCUCUGCGUGGGCUGGUUUGAUCUUUAGACCAUCAGUUCAGCCUCCGCCAUCGUUUCCACCCUCAUUAGUGCCGAUCAGCACACAGCUCUGUAAAGCCGGUCUCUUAUUUAUGUUCACGCAGCAGCUUCAGACGCACAGACUCAAAGUCAGCCAGCGUCCUCUGUAGCAGCAUCGAGGGAGUUUAUACUGAAAUCAAUACUGCCUGUUCUUCCUCACAUCACAGGGUUUCUGACCUUUCUCUGGUGUGUGUGCAGCGCUGUCUCACAGGUUUGAUCUGCAUAUUUGAAAUGCUGCUGUUGUAUAAUCUGCUUAGCAACGAUGAACGCGAACCUGAAGAGAACAAUGACUUGCUACAGUCCCUCCCUGCUGAUUUGCAUUGUGUGCCCAUGUUAGGGUUCACUCACAUGGUUGUAAGUGUUUUAAUAUUCAUUGCAUUGCAAAUAAAAAGCGCCUGAAAUGGACGAAGCAAACACGUACAGCUCUGUGAAAACUAACUGCCUCUCAUCUUAAAUCAUGAACGACCUGGAGCUAAGUCCAGCUUCACUGCCGGGCCUGGUUUAAGUCCAGACUUUGAGCCAAUCAGAGGUGGAGCUGCUGGUUCCUGCAGAGCAGCCAGACCGUCACGCGACCACCACCCUGGCUGCUGCUGCUGGGAUGUUUCUGGAUGAAACGCAGAAAGUUCAGCUUCUGUCUCGUCAGCCCUCAGAAUAUUAUCCUCCAGAUGUUUGUUGGCAGAUGUGCGACGAGACUUUGUGAUCUUCUUGGUCAGCAGUGGUUUCUGCUUGGACUCUCUCAUCUUUGCCCCGCCUCUUUCUUACUGUUGACCUCUGACCUUAUCUGAGCCAGGUGAGUCUGCAGGUCUGCAGAUGUUAAUCUGGGCUCUUCUGUGACCUCCACAGCCUGAGAAAUGUCUCUGUAACCCUCUCAGGCUGAUGAUGUCACUGACUUUG